UCAAUAAAAGAAAUGUCAUAUCAGGUGUUUAUUGCGUGGUUUAAAAAAUCUUACAAUACUGGAUUUCACGUUCCUAAAAAGAUAAGUGUCUUAUCUGUACUGAUAACAAAAACAAUGAAGAAAAAACUGAAGAAGAAAAAGAAAAAUUAGAAAGACAUGUUAAAGAAAAAAAUGAAUCAUACAAGAGGUUUAAAUACCACCAAACUAUACACGGAAAAGAUAAAAGUAUAAUUUGUACAAGCUUUGAUAUGCAGAAAAUACUGAAUACACCUUAUGGGAAUUCGAUGAUGCUAUAUUACAGUCGUAAACUGUCGGUAUAUAAUUUUACGAUAUAUGAAAGCGCUACUAAGAAAGGAUACUGUAAUGUAUGGACGGAGACCGAUGCGAAUUGUGGUGCCAAUGAAAUUUGUACAUGCUUGUACAAUUACAUCAAAGAAGUAGAUGCGCGUGGUUCGGUUAAAACUUUAUUGCUGUAUUGCGAUUCCUGUUAUGGCCUAAAUAAAAAUAAACUCGUCCUUAGCAUGAUUCGAUACGCCCUAUCUCAAUGCAAGGAUAUAACUACCAUUCAAAUUAAUUAUUUGAUUCCUGGCCAUACUUACAUGCCAGUCGAUAGUGUGCAUGCGACAAUUGAGACCAAAAUUAGAAAAUCUGUCAUAUGGGCGCCCUCACAAUGGCCCACUGUAAUGGAAUUCGCACGUCAAAAUCCAGAACCAUAUAAAGUUCAAGUACUCAAGGGUAAAGAUUUCAUUGGAUUUGAAAAUGUUGUUAACGCCACAUUUAAAAAGAGUCAAAGAAUUGCAAUUUCAAAAUUAAAUAUUGCUACUUUUAAAAGACAUGAACCCGAUGUAAUGUACAUUAAAAACUCAAUGUUGCCCGACACUGAAGCUAUGCUGAUUCCAUUGCUUCCUUUAAAAGACAUAAUAUACUUAAAAGAAAAUUUAUAUCCAACACAAUUAGGCAUAGCUGUCAAAAAGUAUAAAGAUUUAAAAAAGCUUGUUGACAAUAAUAUUAUUCCUUCGAGGUUCGCUCAAGAAUACACAACAAUAAAAAUUAACAAUAAAAUAAAGGAUUGCUUGGCAGAUACAGGUGAAGAAGAUGAGACUGAAGUAAAAGAUAGCGUUGAUUGCUAAAAUAGGAAAUUUAAUAAUAGAAAGGAACAAAUAUUACGAAGGAGAACAAUUUUAAUAGAACAUGACGUGUAAGCCUGUAUGAUGAAAAAAAAAAUGAUUGAUAUUAUUUUAUUAAAACUUAGAGAAGUAUUGUUUUAUUUCAGUAGAUGUUUGUUUUCUAUAGGUGUUUAUUUUAGUUUUUGAUCUCAUUGUAACUUAAAUGUGAUUUUGUGAUUGUGAUUUUAGUUCUUUAAACGUUUUAAUAAUACCUUAAAUAAAUGUAAUUUCAUACUUACGUCGUUUUAAUUGUACUAUCCUUCCUGACUUCUUACAGUUAAGCCCAUUCAGUGUAAUUGUUUACAUAGAUAUAUUUCAUUUAAGUCAAAAUGUAGGCAAAUAAAUAUGAUAUAGAACAUAGUUACAUCAAAUUUGCUUUAAAGGAAAACUUUCAGUUUGUAGUCGUCUAUACAUUUAUCUCGUUCAUUUACAGCGUUUUUGCGUAACAGAAAAAAAAAUGUUAUUGCUGUAACCCACACACAUAUAGAUUAAAAGUAACUUCUAAAAGAUUUCAAGUAUUAGGUUUGAUAAAAAAUCUGUAAACAUAUUUAUGUUAAAAAAUUCACAUGUGUGGCUUUCAUAGUUACGGAGAUAUAUAUAUAUAUAUAUAUUUUAAAUUUCAAAGUGUUUUUAACUCUGGUGAACAUUUCGCAUUUUGGGGGUUACUACGUUU